AUGCCCCAAACAUCAUCAGCAGUAGACAUUGCUACUCACCUCUAGGGUACUUACAUUUCACCCCAUCACAAAUGGCACUUGUAUACGAGUGUCAGCGACAGAUUCACGCAAUGAAGCGGCUUAGCACUGUGCAAUAAAAGCAGGGCUGUAGGGUCCUUGAUGUGGUAUGAGCAUGCUCAUAACCAUUUCAGUAAGCAGUACUUUCAAAUGUGGUGCCCCCUGAAAAUUGCCUCCAUACAAAUAGGUUCCAAUUGUAGUCUGUGUCCAACUUCCUGU